GACCGUCUCACUGUUACAACGACCCCGACCGAUCGGCAUUCAGAUAGUCUUCUCGUCAUCUGCUGACUCGUCCGGCUACCCGUGCUGCGCCGCUUGACGUCCGUUGUUAGAUGGGAUAUUGAACUGGCCCGUUACGGCGAGCGCGAGCCACGCGAGAGAGCUAUAUCUGACCGAUACUACCAUCUCCGGUGGAGUUCUAUCAUUGAAAAUACGACAUUCAACGAUUCUCGUAGCUCAACGUGGGUGCCGGUGCAUGUGGGCGGAGAACUCACAUGGACCUCAGUGGGGUAUCUAUCGACUUCAGCAUGCGGGACGAAGUAGAUAAGCCGUACAACGGAAAUGACCACUAGAUCAGUAUAAAACGCAAGGCUGGUGAGCCUGGUGAUUUCCAAGGUCCCACCUCGGUAUCCUCUCAGCUUCUCCCACAACCAAAGUUGAAAAUGGUCUUCGCCUCCGCCCUCGUUUCGCUCCUCCUCGCCGCCGCCGCCCUCGCGGUUCCGCGUAGCAACAUCGAAGGCCGCCAGGCCCGCCGCCGCAUGUCCGGCCCGCGUCUUACGUCUCAAGGCCCCGCGGCGGCGAACCAGAUCUCCAACGCGACCUCGCACGUGGCAUUCAGCACGAACUGGGCGGGUGCCAGUCUCGAGAGUCCCUCGGGCACGUACACCUCCGUCACCGGCACCUUCACCGUCCCUACCCCUAAGUCCCCCGGUGGCUCGGGCAGCUUCGCUGCCUCGGCGUGGGUCGGCAUUGACGGCGACACCUGCUCAAGCGCGAUCAUGCAGACCGGCAUCGACUUCAACAUCGACAACGGCGUUGUCUCCUAUGAUGCCUGGUACGAGUACUACCCCGCGUUUGCCAGCGACUUCUCCGGCUUCUCCGUCAGCGCUGGUGACGUGAUCACUCUCGUUGCGACCAAGUCCUCCACGACCUCCGGCAGCGUCUCGAUCACCAACGAGUCCACCGGCAAGACCGUGUCCAAGUCGCUCACCGGCAGCGCCACGCUCUGUGGCCAAAACGCGGAGUGGAUCGUUGAGGACUUUGAGGAGGGUAACUCGCUCGUGCCGUUCGCCAACUUCGGCACUGUCACGUUCACCAAUGCCAAGGCCACUCUCGCGUCGGGUGGAACCGUCGGACCGAGUGGCGCGCAGCUGCUCGACAUCGAGCAGAACAGCGUCCUCACCUCCGUUAGCGCGACCACGAGCUCUGUGACUGUUAAAUACGUUUGAGUGACGAGACACAGCGAUGGGUAUGUAGAAUUUGUGUUCAUCGAAAUAUCCAACGGCCUCCCUUUCUCGCAAGUCAAUGACACAGAAU